AUUGACUUGACUGUCAUUUCUGUCAUCGAGGGUAUUUCUUCGUGAUAUUUUCGUUUUUUAUUUGUGUAUUUCAUUAAUUACUGUUAGAAAUUAAUUAGAUUCAGUGAUUAGAUUUUUCGUUAAAAAACUGGACAAACACUUUAAAUGUGAAACAGAAGUAGUACAUGUGAUGCUAGAGUGUGAAACAUUAAUGGCCUGAGAAACGUGUCACUAUUUUUUACAAACCGUUGUUCAAUAAUCAUAACUGGAAAAAGGAAUGUGAAGUGUUCCCCAUUACCUUCGGAAAUAAGUGAUAUUUUCACAUGGGUGAUGGCUUGGCAGUCGGACCCACGUACUGACGAAAACAGCUUCCUGCUGCGACUGAAGAUAAUAGGAGCCCACUCUUUAGCUAAGAAGGACAUAUUUGGUGCUAGCGAUCCUUAUGUGCGCGUCGAGCUGCAGAAAGUCGAGGGUGACGUCACCAUCGAGACAUUCCUCACGAAGACCAAGAAAAAGACAUUGAAUCCAGUAUGGAAUCAGGAGUUUGUAUUCAGGGUGAAGCCUCAAGAGCACAAGCUUUUGAUCCAAGUGUUCGACGAGAACCGCCUCACCCGCGACGACUUCCUGGGCAUGGUGGAGGUGCCGCUGUCGGCGGUGGCGAGCGAGAGCGCCGCGCAGGCGCGCCCGCCCGCCGCCAAGUACCCGCUGCGCCCGCGCAGGUCCGUCGCGCGGUCCCGCGUCCGGGGAUACAUAGAGGUGUACGCGGCGCUCGUGGGCCGCGUGGGGGAGCCCGGGGCAGAGGACGCCGCCUCGCCCACGCAGGACGACUGGGAGCUGGUGGAGCCCUCGCCGCAGCAGGGGCAGACGGUGCAGCCGGUAUCGGAGGGCGCGGAGCGGACAAUCCCCUCUUUUACCGGCGACGACUGGGAGAUGGUCGAUGCCUCACAUUUUGCCAUUGGAGGAGAUCCGUUACCUCCAGGCUGGGAGGAGCGCCAGGACGCCAACGGACGGACCUACUAUGUGAACCACAUCGAGAGGUCCACGCAGUGGGAGCGACCUACGUUCACUCGUAUGCAAAGCACGGAGUCGCAAGCGGAACGCAUGGAGACGGCCGCGACGGAGUUCCAGCGGCGGUUCCACAUCUCCGCGGACGAGGAACACACCUCCAGUCCUUCGGCUUCGCAGCACCAGGAGGAUGUAAGCAAUAGAAGCGGUGACACUAACUCGCCUGACGCAACUCCUUACUCUACUCCAAUACGAUCUCCGGAACUCAAUGACAUAGAUGAAACACAAGAGGGCACGGGUGAACCAACUAGUAUAAGUAAUGAAACUGACUGUGAUAAUAAUUUAAGAGAUAACCAAGAUCAAGACGACGUUGUGUGCGCCAACGAAACUGUUACUGUUAGAAUACAGAGAAGUGACGAUGACAACGAAACAAAUGAAAGUGAUGAUGCUCAAGCUGUUUGUGAUAACGCGGCUUCUAGUCAAGACGAUGUCGACGGUGACGCCCCAAAUGCCAUAAACGGAGAAACUAAUGACAAUGAAACUGAACCAAAUGUAGAAACGACUGUAGGAAUUGUUGAAGUUGAAAAUAGGAACGUACAAAACGUGCAGACAGAAAUUACUGAAUCAGAAAAUGUGGAUAAUAUAGAUAUACAAAAUGGGGAAAUUGAAUUAGAUGAUACAGAAGAAACUGAGGUAAUUGAAGAUUUAGCUGAGGACGCGUUGACGUUCGAUGAGAAUCAUUUCAGUACGCCGACAGGGGGCGCUAGUCCCGCGAGGUCACCGACCUCACGAAGAAGACGGACGUCGACCGAUACGGACGAGUCUGAGGAUGAGACAGACGGAUCGACUGAAAGCACUCGGAGCAGUAGCGCGAGCAGUAAUCAGAGUCAAAAUCUGCCCAACAGUGACGGGCUACCGCCAGGAUGGACGAUGCAAAAAGCACCAAACGGAAGGAUAUUCUUCAUCGAUCAUAAUAAAAAAACGACGACAUGGAUAGAUCCCCGAACAGGUUGUGCGUCAAGUUUGCCGAGUGCGUCGGCGGCGUCCGCUGGCCCUGCUGACGAACUAGGCCCGCUGCCUGAAGGCUGGGAGGAGAGGGUACACACUGAUGGGAGAAUAUUCUUCAUUGAUCACAAUACCCGGACGACGCAGUGGGAAGACCCCCGACUGUCCAAUCCGCAGAUAGCGGGCCCCGCCGUGCCGUACUCGCGGGACUACAAGCGGAAAUACGAGUAUCUCAAGAGUCAGUUACGCAAGCCGAGCAAUGUUCCCAACAAGUUCGAAAUCAAAGUCCGUCGGAACUCCAUCUUGGAGGACUCGUAUCGCAUCAUCAGCUCCGUCAGCCGCAUAGAGCUGCUCAAGACAAAGCUGUGGGUCGAGUUCGAGUCAGAAGUCGGCCUUGACUACGGCGGCCUGGCUCGCGAAUGGUUCUUCCUCCUUUCAAAGGAGAUGUUCAACCCUUACUACGGGUUGUUCGAGUACUCGGCGAUGGACAACUACACGCUGCAGAUCAACCCCAAUAGUGGGGUGUGCAACGAGGAGCACCUGUCCUACUUCAAGUUCAUAGGGAGGGUCGCCGGCAUGGCGGUCUAUCAUGGGAAACUUCUAGAUGCAUUCUUCAUCCGUCCGUUCUAUAAGAUGAUGCUCAACAAAGCUAUAGAUCUCAAAGAUAUGGAAUCCGUUGAUCUCGAGUACUACAAUUCCCUUAUGUGGAUUAGGGAAAAUGAUCCAUCAGAAUUGGACCUGACCUUCAGCGUGGACGAGGAGCAGUUUGGAAAGACAAUCCAGCGAGAGCUGAAGCCAGGGGGCGCUAAUAUCUCUGUCGACGAUGACAAUAAAGAUGAAUAUAUAAAAUUGGUGAUCCAGUGGCGUUUCGUGAGCCGAGUCCAGGAGCAGAUGUCGGCGUUCCUCGAAGGUUUCGGGGCGCUGGUGCCCCUCAACCUGCUGAAGAUAUUCGACGAGCACGAGCUGGAGCUGCUGCUGUGCGGGAUCCAGCACAUCGACGUGCGCGACUGGCGCGCCAACACGCUGUACAAGGGGGACUACCACGCGAACCACAUCGUCGUGCAGUGGUUCUGGAGGGUGGUGCUAUCAUUCUCUAACGAGAUGCGAUCUCGUCUACUACAGUUCGUGACUGGGACAUCGAGGGUGCCAAUGAACGGGUUCAAGGAACUCUACGGGUCGAAUGGACCCCAGUUGUUCACUAUCGAGAAGUGGGGCGCGCCCGAUAACUACCCCAGGGCGCAUACUUGUUUCAACCGCAUAGACCUACCGCCGUAUGAUAGCUACCAGCAAUUACGCGAGAAGCUCGUAAAGGCGAUCGAGGGAUCCGUAGGGUUCGCCGGCGUCGACUGAUCUCUGGGGAUCGAUCUGGGCGAUCUACAGGUCAGACUGACAGUCCUGUUCGUUAAGCAAGUCAUUAUAUUGUUGAUUGGGAUUAUGGCCUUGUUCCUUAUUUUCGUUUGGCAAAUACAUCACCAGUAAUGUGAGAUAUGAAAUAGGGGAUGAGUUUCACUCGGGGGUUGAAUAUUUGGCUUUUGAUAUUUUAUUUGUAUUAAACUAUUAUAUAGAAGUUCGUUCACCCCUUUUAUUAAAAAAAAUGAACUUAUAUACUUAUAUUAAUAAUAAUUUAAUGAAUCUGCUCGUCAAGUGAUAAUAUAGUUGAGAUUAUGACGUUUCUUGUUUUCGUUUGGUAAAUACAUCAUCGAUAAUGUGUGAAUCAUAAAGGGGAUCAAUUCGCAUUAGGGAACGAAUAUUUGGCUAUGAAAACUCAAAAAUUUCUCAUUCAAACACUUAUAACAUAUGUUUUUGUUGUGUUGAAAUGGGAGGGGACGAAUUUGCUUCAGGGGAUGAAAAUUUGAUUUUUUAAACUUGAUUAUGUUGGUCUUUAUAUAUGAGGAUUAUCCUAUUAAACCAUUAUAUUUAGCUCACCCUUAUCUCCCGUUAAUAAUUUCCCGUUAAUAAUUUUAUUUUUUAUAAAAAAUAAAAAAAUAAAAUAAUUUGCUUUGUUUCAUCGACAAAGAAAGCUAAAGACGACAAGCUAGCGUAACCAAAUGUAAUAAAACAUUACAAAUUCCUGGCGCAUCUCAUACAAAACGGCAGAUUGGUCGUUAUAAAACCACAUGUGCCUGGUUUUAUAACGACCAAUUUGCCGCUUCUGUCUUCUGUCAGGGACAAAAGACAUUAGCGCUCUGUCCCCUUUCUUCUCGUGUACUUCUAAUACACAUUUCUCUUUCUUGUAUGACUGAAACGAAAGAUAUGACGAAGUUUAUAGUUUUCUCUGUCGAAUGUUUUGAACUUUGAUAAGUAUCGUUCAAAGUUUAAUACAAUUUAUGUCAUCUGUAUUUAUUUAAUGUUGAGUCUGUAGCCAACGAAGUUAAUUUUAACUUCGCUAGUUAGCGCCACUGGCAAACAAGGUCCUGUUCACUAAUUUCGGGUCCUAAUUGAGACAAAGCGACGCGACGCGAGAUUAUCAUACGGACGAUAUGUCUGUUCUGUAUAGACUGUAGGGCACUGUAAUUUACAUCCAUGUAAAUGAUAUUAUCGCGUCGCGACGCAUCGCGCCUGUUGAUUCUUGGGCCAACCCGUAAGACUGACAUUAAAAAAAAACCGCGCACAUGCGCACCACAAGCAAAUUCGAACGUUCAAAUUAAGAAAAACAAAUUGAUUUUGACAUGAACCUCGCUCUACAACAGCGCCCCUAGUGGCAUGUUCGCGUUAACCUUCAUUCAACAUAACCUAUGUUAUGUAUACAUAUGCAAUAUUAUAUGUAAUUAUUGUCUAAAUUAAGUGCCUACCUAAUUACGUUGUUCUAAAUUAGCUUUAUACACAGGGCUACAGAUCAAACGUAACAAUACAAUUGCGCGUUGCUGCGUUCUUGUAUAUAUAUGUGAUUCUAGAUUUGUGUCUCGCUGUACUAUACACGUGUUCCUUUUGACGCAAUGGAUUAAUGUCGUUGUUGGAUGGCAGAUUUUUUGCGAUGAUGUGUUUAUAAUCAUGCAGAGUAAUGGCUUUGUGCUCUGAUGGUCAUCAUGCCGGACAUUGGAGCUCCCGGGUUCGAUCCUUGGUUAGGUCAAGACGGAAAAUGAUAGUAAAAAGACGAAAUCGGAUAUAGCGAUCUUAAAAUGUCAUUUGUAGCAGUAUAGUUCUUAUUUAUUUGGAAAACUAAAAAUAUUAUAUUAAGUUUUAUAACGUUAUGUUUUUCUCAUAAUCUUUUUUCGCUUUUAUUUGAUUAUUACUGCUUUGUUAUAUUUCUUAUUCUUUUGUCUCAUUCCUAUUCUUUUAUGUAAUGCAAUAUUAUUCAUACGUAUGUAUGUAAUUACUUUUGCAAUUAGUUAACGUAAUAAAAAUUUAUAGAUCCCCAAAUAUAUGUUUCUGAAUAUGUGUUAUGUACGCACAUAUAUAUUAAGCGCCUUGCCCCAAAUACAGCGAUAUAAAUUAUAUUUUGUUAUAACUCAGUAAGUUACAUGAUGUACGUGACAAAAUUCCUUUAAAUUAUUAUUUUAGUCUGUUGAUGAGUCCCACUCCUGGCUACCCUAUGGGUGCCAGAAGGGCCAGAGUGAGAGAGCGAGACCGCGAAUGAGAUGGAUGAUAUUAAUGGGUACCUGCAGAGGUGGAAACAAGCUGCCCUCGACUGAGAUUUUAGCAGUGGGUCGCAUCAAUUAAAUCAAUAAAAAAAAGUUGGUUAAAUCCAAAAUGGUUUUAAGAAGGCAGCAGCAGUUUAAUCAAAAAUUUAAAGCACUUCUUUAUAUUUAAUUUUACUGCAAAUAUAAAGAUGCACAAUAUUUUUACCCGUCCCUAAUAAAGUAAUCCUCAUUAUGGCAAUUUGUUGCAAACUGAACCUUGCACUCUGUGCUCAUACGUCAGAUGUAGUUCCUGUUAAUGUACUCAUACAUAAUUUGCAAUUUACUUGACAAGUUAAUUGCAAAUUGCAAAAUAACAUAUACUUUUUUAUCACAUCUUUAUUACUCGAAUUACUUCUGGUGUGCCAUUUGUACUGUACUAAAUAAUUAAAAGAAAAAAAAAACUCUUUUGCUCACCUUACUUUUUAUAUUGUGUGUGGACUGUUGGGCACAGGCAAAAUAUACACACUUCUACUCGGCAAUAUGACGUUCAUUGUAAAAUGAGCUUUAAAUCGUUCUCUGUAGACAUAAUUUACGUUGACAAAAAGAGAGUUAACAGCGAGCAGUCGUCUAAGUUGUCAAAGUAAAAUAUGUCUACAGGGGACACACUAAAGCUCACUUUUCAAUGAACUACAUCUUGCCUGAUGGGAGUGGUGCGGUAGAAAGGUGCUUUAUUAAGGCACCGCUAUCACCCGACAAAAUACUUUCAAUGAAAAGUGAACCUUCGAUCUUACGCUGUAGACACACUUUGCAUUAUCAACUGUUAACUAACUUACAGCGAACGUUACGCACAUUUGUUGCCAAUGUAAAGUAUGUCUACAGAGUACGCUUUAAAGCUUAGUUUUGAAUGAUCUCUCUCGGGGUGAGAGCGAUGUUGUAUAAAUCAGACUACGCGUAACGCUGUGGUUAUAAUUUUUCAUCAAAACUGUAUCUGGGUUAUGUCAAUUGAAGUUAAUGUUAGCUAGGAAAUGAAUUGCACAGCAAUCAAGGCCAUUUUCGCGCGACUCGAAUGUUAAGUGAAAGCAAUGCAAUAACAAGUCUAUGCGACUUAUAUUAGAGUCUAUUUUGCUUCACCAGUCCGUCGUUUGCGCAUUCGCGAAGAUGCCACUGCAAAAUUCCGUAUAUUUUCGACCUGAAAUACAAUGAAAAUAGAUUUAACAGAUUAUCGAAUUAAAAGCUAUAUAUAUAUAUAUAUAUAUAUAUAUAUAUAUAUAAAAGUUAUGCUUGUAAAUAUGUAAUAAGGAAGGUUUUUCUUUCCAAAUAUAAAGUAUAUAAAAAAGUGAAAUCCUGACAUAAGAAAAUUGAUUAAUUCAUUCUUAAUAAUACAAAAUUUUGCUGUUGUGUGUAUCGGAAAAGCAUUUAUUAAAAAAACAUUAAAUUAUUAUUUUAUUGUUGAGAAAAUGAUUUACAAUAUAUUGCGUUUAUAUAACUUUAUGUUUCAUGGAGUUAUAUUUUUUUUAGAUGACGUAUCUCAAUCGGUAAUUAAGGUGUCGAUGGCAAUAAGUAUAAUAUCGAUUACGAGUUAUGUAGCGAUUUUGUAUGGAUCGAAGCAUAUGUAUGGUAAUAAAAACGACUUCAUCUAUGACGGGUUAGACAGAGACUGGUAAAUGUCAAGACAAUCAGUGUCAAUGAUAAACAGAUGUAAAAAUCGCAAGAAAGGUUAUGGUUAAGACUAAGGAAUCAAGUUUCGUACCUAGAAUUCCGCUUUGGGGUUCCGUACCUUUACCCUUAAUCACUUUUUACUUUUAGAAUUGUUAAAUUUUGCACCGGAUGAUCCUAUAUUAAAUGUUUUGCGAUGCAUAUGUUUAGCCAAUGCGUUUAUUGUGAUAAUUAUCCUUAUAACACCUUAAUUCCGUUGAUAAUUUGUAAUGAACUUGACGCGAACUAUAAUUAUUUUUUAAACACAGAUUUAUGUUUACCUAUUUUAACGGAACAAGUGAUUUCACUAUCACGAGUUAAGAACGCAAAAAUUAUUAACAUUUUGCAAGUAUAUAAAUCUUAUGUAUAAUAAAUUAAAUACAUUUUAAUGUUUUCUUAAUUUGUGCCGGUGCUUUUAUUUGCGUCCUAAACGACUGGUCCAGUCGGCUUUUGCUUAUAAAUAUAUAAGUAUUCCUCUCAGAGCUCUGAUUAAAAUAACUUCCAACUGCAAUAGCACCUAGAUUUUCAAAGUAGUGAUUUUUCUUUAAAAAUCUGCAUUUUGUAUAAUCAUAUUGAUUCGCCCUAUGUGCCAUUGGAGUCGGGAGCUAUUCAGGUGACUGCUCUGAGGGGAAUACCUCUAAAUAGAUAUAUUUUCAUAAUCAAACGUUGUAUAUAUUGUAAUAUACGGUGUAAAAAAUUGCUACAUUGUAAUUAUAAAAAUAAUUAAAAAUUAAUAAAAACUAAAAGAUUCCAUUAAAUGGACAAAAAUAAAAUAUUUAUAUUGUACUAAUACUGUAUUUACUAUAUAUUUUAUAGCAAUCGUUUACACCAUGUAUUUGUGUAUUAUUUAUAUAUAGUCAGUAAGUUAUGUUAUUUACUUAAUUAUUUCGUUUUUAGAUAGUUUACAAUGAUUGUAUUAAAUUGUGUGAGUUUUGGUCUCUUUAUAAUUUUAGUUGUUAUUAUUCCACAGUAAUGUCAGUGAGCGUGCCCGUUACAGGAAACAUGCUUUUACGAAUUAAAUGUGAUAAAUAAUUCAAAUUUUGGAAAAAAUCUAUAAUUGAUUAAUUUUUGUUGAUGACAAAAUUUGAUGAAGAGCAUGUGUGAAAUGUUUAACAAAAUCAUUUAAAUAUCUAAAUCAAAUUAUAAAAAAAAAAAUCGAUUGUCUUUGUUAUAUUAUUAUUGUCACAUUUGUGAAAAUAAUGUAUCGCGUAGAUAUCGUGCGAUUACACUAAUAGACAUGGCUUGUUUAAAUAUUUGUUUAAUACACAAUUGUAGUAAGACUGUUAGUAUUUAAAUUAUUAGAUUAAAAUAUUGUUCUGAAAAAAUUUUUCAAAGCUCACCUAAGGCUUAGUGUGUAUGCGUGCAAUUGGGAUAAAAAAAAGUGUUUUGUUAAAAAAAAAAUGCCGAUUCAAAAUGUUAAAAUAUGUAUUCUAAAAACUAAAUAUUAUAAAGAGUGCUGAAAUGAGACAUAAAAUAGAAGUUUUACUAAUACAUUGAAUAAGGCUAGUAAGGAGGCCUUGCGAGCAUUUUACGAAAAUGUCGUCGCUUAUUCUUAAAAAAUAUUAACUUUUGUUUGUUAUUAACAAACAUAUAAAAAAAAAAUUAGCCAUUAUAUUAUCAACUGAACGGCAUAAUGUAUACUUUGAGAAACUCCGAAACUUGCGUAAAAUGCUCGCGACGCAGUGAUGCGCCGUAGCGGAUGCAGUUUCGACAAUAGCACACAUAGAUUUGUUAAAAUUAUACACCGAUCACGGCAAAAGUAACGCCAAUGGGAAUUAGUUUUUUUUACCCCAAGUUUAGAUUUAUCAACGAAUUCGUGUCUCCCUGUUUUUUUUUUUUUCAGUUUUUAUUUGUCAGAUCGGUCUAUUCAUUUAACUGUCUAUGUUCUGUAUAGAAAUGCCUUGUGCUUAGUUGGUGGCGUUUUGAUUUUUUCCUCGGAACUUUUUGAUGUUAUGCAUUAACAAUAGCGAUAUUUUAUUAUUAUUACAACUAUCGUGUAAAUAGAUUAUUGAAAUUGAAGGAUUCAUGCAAAUAAAAAUUUAUUAAUUAUA